AUCUGUCAACCUGGUUGGACAGACUCUUGGUUUUCUGCUGGUGUUCCCGACUGCGGUGGCCCUGUCGGUUCCGACUGCAACAGCUUUGGUCACGACUGUGAUGGCGAUUAUGGCUGUGAUGGUGGUGGUGAUGAUGAUGACCAUGGUGAUGGCUUUUCUGCCGUAUCGGUUGACUACGCUUCCACAGUACCAUCACUCGCUCCUCCUCCUCCCCCAUCUCCGCUUCCACUCUUUCACUUCCCUCUCCCUCCUCACUCUCCUGUGCCUCCGCAGAUGUCUUGAACCAGUCGGCAAAGCGGCCAGCAGACUUAGGCAAGCUUAA